AUGGGUUGGCACACCCUCUAUCAAAGGCCGAACAGAGGCCAUGAAGCUGGCAUUGCUGACAUUCAGCCUGAUUUCACACCAUAUCUCCUCCAACUUGGUUUAACGAAAUCACGAACGUCGCUAGUAUGGAUUGUCGGUCCACUAUCCGGAUUGAUAGUGCAACCUCUGAUUGGGGUAAUCACGGAUCGCUCGACGUCAAAAUGGGGACGUAGACGACCGUUCAUGGUUGGUGGCUCGCUUGUUGUUGGAUUUUUUCUGCUGGUUUUAUGUUGGGCACCGAAUUUAGUGGGCAUGUUUAUCUCCGCUGAAGAUACAAGGAAAAGCGUAACGAUUGCAAUAGCAGUGAUUAUCGUAUAUGCUGUCGAUUUUUCAAUUAAUGUCGUUCAAGCGUCUUGUCGUAGUUUAAUCGUCGACACUUUACCUAUUCCGCAACAACAACUUGGGUCUGCAUGGGCAAGCCGGAUGACGGCUGUUGGCCAUCUUUUAGGAUAUGCAGUUUGUUCAGUGGAUAUGCUGGCAAUAUUCGGCCAUACGCUGGGUGAUACGCAGUUUAAGCAAAUUACUGUGAUAGCCGCGGCUUUGUUGAUUUUUGCAGUAUCUGUUACCUCGUAUGCUGUCAAAGAGAGGGUGUUGAUCUCAGUUAGGGAUUCCGACAAGAAAAUAGGGGUAGUAAAGAUGCUAGUCCAAUUGUUCAGAACGACAGCCAACUUGCCACCACGGAUAAGGGCCAUCUGUUGGGCACAAUUCUGGGCUUGGAUUGGGUGGUUUCCGUUUCUCUUCUACAGCACCACAUGGGUAGGGGAGACAUAUUUCCGCUAUGAAGCACCUAAAGAAGCCGUUGAAAAUUCCUCAGAUACGUUAGGAGAUGUUGGCCGCAUCGGCAGCAUGUCCCUUGUAAUAUUCUCCUUGAUCACUUUCAUCAGUUCCGUCCUCCUCCCCUUUGUUGUUCUCUCCCCAGAUACCAAAAGAUCGACUCCUGCCCGCCGCCCACCCCUGGGCAUUAUCAGACUUUUUAACAAAAUCAACUUUGCUCGUCCCGACCUCCAAACGGCAUGGAUGAUCUCACACAUCGUAUUCUUCAUAAUGAUGAUAUUCGCCCCGGCCGCCCGCUCCGUCCAAUCCACCACAUUACUCGUAGCUAUCUGCGGAAUCCCGUGGGCAGUAAGCUGCUGGGCACCCUUUGCAUUCAUGGGCGUGGAAAUAAACCGCCUUACCAUUCCUUCCUUCAAUAGAAAAUCCUCAGUCACCAUGAUAACCUCCGCUACCUUCAAUAGACAGAACUCUGCCCUCAUUAAUUAUGACGUUGAGCUUGAAGAUCGCGAACCCUCCCUCCUCCGCCUGAAUCACAGCUCGAACCCGGAUUUGGAGAGUGGCAGCGACACAGAUCAGGGUGAGGAGGGUUCUUCUACUGGUGAACUUGCCGGUGUUUAUCUUGGAGUGCUUAAUGUAUUUAGCACGCUUCCACAAUUUGUUGGCACAUUCAUUUCCUGGAUUGUAUUCAGCAUCUUCGAGUCAGGAGCGACCUCAAUGGCGGCAGAUGGAGCUACAAAACCAGCCGCUGGCGAACAGAAUAGUGGCGGGUGGAUAAAUCGCAACCAUGAAGGACCCAAUGCAAUUGCGGUGUGUCUGUUUAUUGGUGCUAUAAGCGCACUCGUGGCUGCGGAGGGUACGAGGAGGUUAAAGUAUAUUCGAUGA